CUGAAGGGAAAAACCCAAAAUCGUUUGCCCUAAUUCUUCAUCUUCUUCUCUUUCGCAACGAAGAAUUCCAAACUACGAUACGAUGUCGGAGGAAUCGAAGACAAGGUACCGCAUAGGCUAUGCUCUGGCGCCUAAAAAAGUGAAGAGUUUCAUUCAACCGUCGCUCCUCAAUCUCGCCAAGGAGAGAGGAAUCGAUCUAUUUCCCAUCCAAACCACCAAACCCCUGAUCGAUCAAUUACCCUUCGAUUGCAUCAUCCACAAAUCACCCGACCCGGAAUGGCGGAACCAGCUCGAGCAGCUCCUCUUGCAAAAGCCCAACAUCGUCGUAAUUGACCGGCCGGAGGCGAUCGAGCGCCUCCACAAUCGGGUAACCAUGCUGCAGGCGGUGAACCAGCUGGAAAUCGCGAACGGGUUUUCGAUUGGGGUUCCGAAGCAGGUGUCUGUGGAAAAUCCCCAAUCGCUGAUUGGCUGCGUCGCGUCGAGUGGUUUAAGGUUUCCGGUGAUUGCCAAACCUCUGUUGGCGAAUGGGACCGCGUGCUCUCACCAGAUGUCGUUGGUUUUCAACGAGGAGGGCUUGCGAGGGCUGAAUUGGAGCCAGCCGUUUGUACUGCAAGAGUUCGUGAAUCAUGGAGGGGUCAUUUUCAAGGUGUACGUGGCGGGCCAGCACAUUCAGUGUGUGAAGAGGAAAUCGUUGCCGGAUAUCUCGGAGGUGAAAUUGGGCGUUUCGGAGAAUUCGGUGUCGUUUUCACAGAUUUCGAAUGUGACUGCUCAGGAUCAGAGCGAUGACGGCGUGGAGAAGCUGAUUGAGGCGGCUGAGCUUCCUCCAUCUAGUUUUGUGACGGAAGUAGCUAGUCAGUUAAGGGAAGCUUUGAAAUUGAACCUUUUCAAUUUUGAUAUGAUAAGGGACAGUAGUGUUGAAGGACGGCAUCUCGUUAUUGAUAUCAAUUACUUUCCAGGGUAUGCGAAGAUGCCUUGCUACGAGACAAUUUUGACUGAUUUUUUUCUUGACAUUGUGCAUAAUAAGCCAAGCGUGAUUUCUAAGGAUUGUUAGCUGAAUAUAACUGAGUAGUUCUGUCACUCAGAGCCGAUAUUCUGGCCUGUUGUGGCGAUCAACCAGCACUGGGUUCAUCUUGAUUGAUGAAACACAUAGAUAAGUUGUGUGGAAAUUCCCAGGAUAAGAGAUGAGCAGUGUGACAGAACUUGAGCAUGACUUGCGCGGACAAUAUGCUGCGGGAAGCUAAUUAUGUGUUUUCAUUCUUAUUUUAUUGUUUUGGAAUUCACGACUGCAAAGGAACCCACUUCUUGCUUGCACAAGGCUUAUUGCCAGAAUUGUUGGUAGCUAAUGAUUUGGAUUUCCGACACCCUUUCCCCCAUUUUGUUAUAUCGAUAUUAUUUACAGAAAUU